CCUUAAUGACGUCACUUCCUCGCGACUAACACUGUGGCUGCGCGUUCUGCAUUGGUUGUCGACUGCGUAAACACCAGUUGCCCUGGAAACGUGUGCUUACAAUAUUGAAAAGAAGUAGGGGGUGAGACUCCUUACAUAGACGCCAUGGGCCUUUUUGACAAGCUGGCAGGAUGGCUGGGAAUUAAAAAGAAAGAAGUACAUGUUCUGUGCCUUGGUCUGGACAACAGUGGCAAAACAACAAUCAUCAACAAACUGAAGCCUUCAAAUGCGCAAGCACAGGACAUUGUUCCCACUAUUGGAUUCAGCAUAGAGAAGUUUAAGACAUCCAGCCUGUCUUUCACAGUAUUUGAUAUGUCUGGUCAAGGAAGAUACCGGAAUCUGUGGGAGCAUUACUACAAAGAAGGACAGGCCAUUAUAUUUGUUAUUGACAGUUGUGACAAACUGAGGAUGGUAGUUGCAAAAGAAGAAUUGGAUACCCUGCUAAAUCAUCCUGAUAUAAAACAUAGAAGAAUGCCUAUUCUAUUUUUUGCAAAUAAAAUGGACUUGAGAGAUGCAUUAUCUUCAGUGAAGGUUUCUCAACAGUUGUGUCUGGAAAGCAUCAAAGAUAAGCCCUGGCAUAUCUGUGCCAGUGAUGCUCUUAAAGGGGAAGGACUGCAAGAAGGCGUUGACUGGCUGCAAGAUCAAAUCAGAACUAUGAAGACAUGAGAAGUGACUGAACAGAUAUGUAACUGGAUCAUUCCAAAGUUUUGAAAUAGAAGGCUAAUUAGUGUUACAUGCAGUCAUUUUUAUUUUUUUUAAUUAUGGACUUGAGACAAGUUCCAGAAUUAAUUCAGAAUUUUUCACAUCUGCACGUUUGGAAAUAAGAGGGAAGAGGUGCUUGUUUUGUUUUUUUGUUAUUUUUUCGUGAUAUGUAAGUAAAUCUAGCCCUUGAAAGUCCACUGCUGCAGUGAGGCUUGAAAGUUUGGUGUCUUUAAAAGAAGAGUGUGGUGCAUGCCCACAUCAGUAAAAUUUAUGUUAUAAUUCUUGGACUUGAGAGACUCAUCAUAAUCCUUAUGUAAUUAAUUUUGGGGUUAAUUUUGCUGUCAAAAAAUGUCUUUUGAGACAUGUUUUAAUUAAUAAUUUGUCUUUACUUUUCUGUUGAUUGGUGGCCACCAAGACUGUUUAUAGACUAGCAAGGUAGUAAAAUACAGUAGAUAGAACAGUUGAGAAUAUUUUGUUUUUUUAUUCAUUACACACUCUAAGCUUUAAUCAAGUAUCAGCAUGAUUAAAGAAGAAAAUAAAACUCCCCUAUGCUUAUAGUGGUACAUACCACCUAAUUGAUGAUGUUCAAUCUAAAGUACCACUGAAGUUCCUCAAGUUAGUGGCUUCAUUUUGCUUUUUCGCCUUGACAUGAUGAGAAGCAGCAUCUUAAGUUGUACAAGGGGCCCUUUCUAUACUCAUAAGGAAGCAAAUAGCAAGACCCGGAAGAACCGGUGUAAUAAUGACUCAUGCACAGCAUCUAAAACUGGCAAAAUUAUCAAACACCGUUUAGGAUGUCAUAUAGAUAAAAAUGAAUUAACAUUAUUGAACAUGAGUGAGCAUUUCUACUACAUUGGCCAGAUGAGGCAUUUGCAAGUGCUUCCUGCAGAUAAUAAUCGGUGGAAGUGUUGUUUGCAAUAAUGAUAUCUGAAUGUAUGGUAGCACUAAGGAUCUGGAACUAAGCAGCCCAAAUUACCAGUCCUAUCAUGCUGUGGCGACCCCCAAUUCAGUUCAGUUUACUUUCUUUUCCAUGUAGUGUCAUGUAUUUGAUAAAAGAAAGUUUAGAAGUUUGUGUAGCAGAAAGGUCUACCUUUAUUUUUUUAUCAGUCAAAGAAAUUAAAAGAAAAAUGAUUAUAUUUUCUGUGUGUCCUUGGGAGAGGUGGCAAAGGCUGAGUUUAUCAGAACAGAUAUCCCUAUUGGUAGAAGCUAUCCUAAAUUCCAUUUACAUUGUCACAGUUUAGCUCUUAGUUAAACAAACAAGCUUGGUAAACUGAAUGUUCUCCUCUCGUUUGUCACAUUAGUUGUGUAAUUAUGCAUUACCUCUAUCAUUCCUUCAGAUGUUGAAUGCCUAAUUCUCUAUCUUGGGUCUCAAUGCCCAUUUCAAAAAUGAUUCCUUUGAUAGUUUCCACUUCACUUUCCUUUAAACAUGUGGCUCAUUUCAGUGUUCAUUAGUUCAGCUCUGUUCUUCUGGCAUACUUUUCAGACAUCUUGCUGUAAAAUGCUAUAAAUAAGAAUAACAUCAGUAUAAAUAAUAAGUACAAAUUAAUGAAUGUUCAUGUGUGCUUACUCUUAAGUUUUUAAAACCAUCUUAAAAUAUGUAUAUAUACAUAUCUCAUUUUGUUGUAUUACUGUUUUUGUUUAUAUUCUGACAAGUAACUUCUACAAAAAUCAGAAACACCUCAAAGAGUUUUCCGGGCUCAUGUUUAGAGGACUGCGGUGGGCUGGCGCCCUACCUAGGGUUUGUUUCCUGCCUUGCACCCUGUGUUGACUGGGAUUGGCUCCAGCAGACCCCCGUGACCCUGUAGAUAGGAUAUAGCGGGUUGGAUAAUGGAUGGAUGAAUGUUUAGGGGAUUACUCUGUAUUGCUUAGGGAAUCAAUAUUCUUUACUGUUCUAAAAUAAGGAACGACAUUGCAAUAUUGCAACUUCAAUGCGAUUUAAGCUUGGUUUGAUGUAGGGGUCAAGUACUUUUUCUGUGAAAUUACUAUGUUACAACAUUUCUUUACUUUUCCUCCAUAAGCUAGAGAUAUGACAAUGAAUUAAAUUACUGCAGGGUAAGUGUUUGUACACGUUGUUAUUUUAGUCAAAUGGAAUGGGAGCAUUGGUUGGUAUCUGCUUUGUGUUCAUUGAAGCUGGAAUAGGUUUAAGCACCCUGCAAAUGUAUAUUAGAUGCACAAAGAUGAGAACAUGAAUAGAUGAACUGAAAACAAGACAUAUACCCUUAGCUUCCAUUCAGUUUUGGUAUUGUACGGCCUGUAUAUUUAUAUUUCACACAUCUUGCCCUCAAAAAAGACAGCAUAGUAAUUUGAAUGAUUCUUCAGUCGUCACACUUGUAAAGUAUAGAGAAAAGGAAUGAAUUGCCAAGUACACUGGACAACACUACCCAAUUAUGACCACAUCUGUACUGAGGAGGCUAACCUGCUUUUUUUUACUAUGGCUCACUUUCUUUGAUCACUCAUCUUUCCAUCCCUGAUGUCACUAAACGUUUUGAGGAGACACCUUUUUUUUAAUCCAUCCAAUGUAGAGUUCAUGCCUGUGAUUAGAGACUGUCUUAUAGGCCUAUGGAAGUCUUGCAGUCCUGCAACCAUUUUUACAUUUCUUGAGCAAGUAACCUAUUUACAAAUUCUGAAAUUACAGUUAAAGUGAUCUGUGAAUGUUGGUGGAUCAUUCACUAAGGUAAUGGUGGCGUUUUUUUCCCAGCAAGUCAAAUUUAUAAUGCUUCCCAUGGGGCCUGUUUCCAAUUAAACCAUUGCUUCACAUCUUUUUCUAGAUGGUCAGAAAUUGUCUAUAAUAAGUAAAUUUUAUUUUAUUUGUUACUGCAGAUCUCUGUUCAGGUCCACAGGGCUUGUGUUCAAAGUUUUGAAGACUAGCCUUGUAAAUGGUUGAAGAGUUGAACUCUUCUUGUCUAUUUAUGCUACUUAAAUUAGUCCUUGUUAUUUAUGUACUUUUUAUUAAUGCACAUUUAUACUUAACUGUAUUUGAUUUAAUGUAUAAUAAGAUUUGUGAAUUAAGAGGACAUUUCAUUCCAGUGUGGCUGGUUGAUGCAAAUGAUCUGCUGUGUAAAAAUAAAUUUAUUGCAAUAAAGUGA